AUGCCAUCGAGGCCGUUAAGGUUAUUGAUUUUUGAAAAAAAUUAUUGAUUUUGAAAAAUAAAUAUAUUGCUCUGUUUUUUUCGUUAAAAAAAUAAAAAUCAAAUUUUUUUAGCUUGGAUCUACGAGUAUUGGCAUUAGAACCCCCGAAGGAGUCCUUCUCGCCGCUGAAAAAAAGGUCGACCUCCAAGUUGAUGGUGAAUGACGCCAUUGAAAAAAUCAGCAAAGUCGACCAGCAUAUCGGUAAUUUCAAGCCUUUUUAAUUAUUACUUUUCAAUAAAUCCAUUUUUUCAGCUGUCACUUUUGCGGGACUCAUCGCCGACUCGCGGACGUUGGUAGAACGCGCGCAGAUCGAGGCCCAGAACUUCUGGUUCACCUACAAUCGCAAGAUUCGCGUUGAAGACGUCACGCAGUCCGUCGCCAACCUCGCCCUGCAGUUUGGAGAUGACGACGUUAAGGUUCUGGGAAACCGGGAAAAUGAUCAUAAUUUUUCUUGUUCUUGAUAGGCAUCAAUGUCGAGACCAUUCGGCGUGGCGAUGUUGUUUGCCGGCGUCGAUCAGGAAGGCGUCAAACUUUUCCAUUUGGAUCCGUCGGGCACUUUUAUCGAUUGCAAGGCUAAGGUUAUUUUUCAAAAAACAUAUCUUUUCGGUUUUUUCUAUAGAUAUUUUUGUUAAAAAUGACAAUAAGGUACAGUUACUCCCAGCAAAAAGUUUGAUUUUUUUAACUACUUUAAUUUGAAAAAAAAGUUCCUACUUAUUCCCAGAUCGUUUUAGUGAACAUUCUGAGUUUGCCUAUCUAUUAACGCAUAGUUCUAUUUAAAGUCGAAAAUGGAGAGAAUAUGAAGAAGGCGUAUAAAAGUUUUUGAAAAUUCAUCUUCAAAUUUUGCGCGCUUUUUGCAUUAUUUUGUAUCAUAGGUAAAACGAAAAUUUCCUUUGAGGAUCCUCGAAGGAUUCUGAGAAGGAGGUGAAAAGGUCCUUCUAAAAGCUCCUAAAAGGAUGUAAAAACGCUUUUGAGCUUAUUUUUUUUAGCCUCAGAGGUUCCUUUUUGUUAGAGAAAGUGAAAAAGAUACAGAAAUUAAGUGAUAUAACGCCUGAUCCUGUCCUUCCAGAACAUCUGCUGGACCCUUUCAGAGUUUUUUUCGAGAAAAGCUUUUGGGGAUCUCUCCAGUUUUGCCCGAGUGUUUCUCAUUUGAACUUAUCUUAAUGAUACGAAAAAAUAAAGAAAAACGGGCAACCUUGAAAAAUACAAAUUAUCGAAGUUUUAUAUUUUAAAAAAAUAAACUUUUUAUUUUUUUCAAGUAAUCCUUUUCAUUUGUCGAACUCACUUUUUUCAGUCGAUCGGCGCCGCCAGCGAUGGAGCAGAGCAGAACUUGAAAGAACAGUAUCACGACGUGGGUCAAGAAAAAUCGAAAAAAUAAAAAUCAGUUUUCCAGGCGAUCACUUUGAAAGAAGCUCUCAAGAUCGCGUUGGCCAUUUUGAAGCAAGUUAUGGAAGAGAAAUUGAACUCGGCCAACGUCGAAGUCGUCGUCAUCAAGCCCAUCCGAGACGCCAAAGGUUUCUUUUUCAUAAUUUGGGACUAUGUCGGUUUGGAAUUUUCGGGUUUUGUCAUUCCUACCUGUUUUCAAAUACUUUGAGCUGAAUUUUUCAAGAAGACUUCAGUUAAUUUAAAAAUAAUCUAGCUGUUCCAUGGAUUUUCACGUUUCAAAACGACUAUAGUAAAACUUUUACAAAUUCAGACCAAAUAAAUACGGCAAAAAAAUUUCAUCUACUUCAAAAAAACAUUUUUCCAUAAGAACCGCUAAACUUUUUAGACCGACUGAUAGGCCAGUUCGAGCGUGUGACCAACGAGGAAUUGGAUCAAGUCAUCACAUCCCUCUAA